AUCCCUCUCCUCAUCACAGAUAAACACCGCGGCCCACUGCGCGUCUGAGCACGCCACAAAUUCCGCAGCUCUCCCUCACGCGCUUGGUCUGACGCGCAGGAGGAAACAACUGUGAAGUUUGGAGCUGAACGCGGAAAACAGUUCAAAGCGUUUGUGUGACUCUCCGGUCAUGGCUGCUUCACCAGCCCUCAUAACUUCACUGUUUUUGUUUAUCUCUGCGUCAGACGUCUGCGGUUCCAACGUUUGCACAUCGCGAGGGGUCACCACUUGUAAAGAAUGCCUUGCUGUGGAUCCUUCAUGUGCAUGGUGCUCCCAGGAGGAACUUGGGAUUAAAGGAUCUGGUGUUUCUCGCUGUGAUCUUAAGGAAAACCUGAUAAAAGAGGGAUGCAAUACAGCUGCUCUGGAGUUUCCUUCUAGCUCCGUGACCAUAGUACAGGAUGAUCCGCUGAGUGAUAAAGCAUCAGGUACAGAUGACGUCACUCAGGUCAGGCCUCAGAAGCUCCAUAUGGAACUAAGAUCAGGUGCUUCUAAACGCUUUACAGUGACAGUGAGACAGGUGGAGGAUUACCCUGUGGACCUCUACUAUCUGAUGGACCUCUCAUAUUCAAUGGAGAACGACUUGGAGCGUCUACGCACUUUAGGCUCAGAACUUGCAAGCACGAUGAGAAAGACAACGAGCAAUCUGCGAAUGGGCUUUGGGGCCUUUGUGGAUAAAACCACUUCUCCGUAUAUGUACAUGUACUCUCCAGAGGUCAUUGCCAACCCUUGUUAUCCAAUUGGUACCACAUGCCAGGCUCAGUUCGGUUUCAAAAACGUGUUGUCGCUUACAGACCAGGUGGCUCGCUUCACAGAGGAGGUGAAGAAGCAGACUGUGUCUAGAAAUAGAGAUGCUCCUGAAGGUGGACUCGAUGCUGUCAUGCAGGCUAUUGUGUGCAAGGAGAAGAUCGGCUGGCGCCCUGAUGCCUCACAUCUCCUGGUGUUAACCACCGAUGCCAAAACUCACACCGCUCUGGACGCACGAUUCGCUGGCAUCGUUCAGCCCAACGACGGACAAUGUUACCUUGACAGUAACAACCUUUACAACAAAUCUGCUGUUCUGGAUUACCCUUCACUGGGGCUAAUAAUGGACAAGAUGACUGAAAACAAUAUAAACUUAGUUUUUGCUGUGACCAGUUAUGUUGUUCCUCUUUACAAGGAAUACAGUCAGCUCAUUCCUGGCUCAACUGUGGGAUUGCUGUCAGAUGACUCUGGGAAUGUUAUUCAGCUGAUUGAGGAAGCCUAUGCGAAGAUUCGCUCUAAAGUGGUGCUGGAGCUGGUGGGCGUUCCAGAUGAGUUAAAUCUGUCCUUCAAUGCUACUUGUUUAAACGGAGAAGUCAUCCCUGGACUCAAGUCCUGCUCUGGCUUGAAGAUCGGGGACACGGUGUCUUUCAGUGUAGAAGCUCAGCUGCGUGCCUGCCCCCAAGACAAAACACGCACUUUUACCAUCAAACCUCUGGGCUUCAAGGAUUCACUGGAGAUCACGGUUGACUUCGCCUGUGGCUGUGAUUGUGAGGCGAAGUCGGUGCCCAACAGUCCGGUCUGCAGCAGUGGUAACGGAACCUUUGAGUGUGGAGUGUGCCAGUGCCACGAGGGUCGAAUGGGGCCACGAUGUGAGUGCUCGAUGGAGGACUACAGUCCGUCAGAAGACAACAGCUGCGUUCCAAAAGGAGGCAGUUCAGCAUGCAGUGGAAGAGGCGACUGUUUGUGUGGACAGUGUUCCUGUCAUGCAAAUGACUUUGGUCAGGUGUGGGGGAAGUACUGCGAAUGUGACGAUUUCAACUGCUUACGCUUCAAAGGGGCUCUUUGCUCUGAUCAUGGAAGGUGUAACUGUGGUUUCUGUCAGUGUGAUGCCGGUUGGACAGGGGACAGCUGUGACUGCUCCACUCGAACGGACACCUGCAUGUCCAGCAUCGGCCUGCUGUGCAGCGGCAGAGGGAACUGUGAGUGUGGUGUCUGUCAGUGCACUCAGCCCGGUGCCUACGGGUCUACCUGUGAGAAAUGCCCCACCUGUCCAGAUUCCUGCACUAUCAAAAAGGAGUGUGUGGAGUGUCAGCACUUCAAGAGAGGACGGUACACUACAGACGACAGCUGCAAUAGAAUCUGCAAAAAUGAAAUACGAGUGGUGGAUGAGCUUGUUUUCCGUGCUAAAAAUGCGAUGAACUGCUCGUACAAAGAUGAGAACGACUGCGUUGUGAACUUCCAGUACUAUGAAGAUGAAACUAGCAAAUCCAUCUUAUUCGUGGUGAAAAUUCCAGAGUGUCCUGAGGGGCCAGAUAUCUUAUUAGUGCUUCUGGGGGUGGUUGGAGCCAUUCUGCUACUGGGACUUGUUGGGCUACUCAUCUGGAAGCUGAUGGUCACCAUCCACGAUCGCAGAGAGUUCGCCAAGUUCGAGGAGGAGAAAGCCAAAGCCAAAUGGGACACGGCAAACAAUCCUUUAUAUGUAGGAGCCACCUCCACCUUUACCAACGUAGCGUACCGAGGAAACUAACGACUAAAGGCAACGGGGAAGAACUCAGGGAACCAGAUGGAAUGUAGCAAAACGGAUUCAAGAUCUUCACACUGUUAUGAGACCAGCUGCAGAUCUAAUCAUUGUAAAUACUGUUAAAAGAACGUGUUAAUAAGUCACCGGCAGUUUUCUCUGAGGGUUUUGGUUUCCAGCCUUUGUCAUCAUUCACCCUUAAUCGGGUUUACGUUUAUAAAAAAUCAGUGUCUCUGUUUUUCUGCUUAUUUUAAGACACAUCUACACAAUUAUUGUUAUUUUCACUGAUUGUGAUUACUAAUAAUUGCAGCACCAGCUGAAUAAUUUUCUUUAGACUGCACAGCCAUUUUUGGGAGUGACUGACUGUCAAAAAAAAAAAAAACAUUGAACUUCUUUGCUGCACAUUUGCUGCUGCAGGUUCAUUUGUGAUUUACAUUUUCAGAUUUUCACAUGAUUUGCUUUUGUGCUGGGUAGACUCUGAAUUGUCCGUUUUAUUUUGUAUUCUUUAUACUUUGGAUUUUUUUUUUCAGUUUUUCAUUGGACAGCAUUAUUUUACACCUUUUUUUCUUUUGUUUCAUAUUAAUAAUGUGGUUGGUUGUAAAGCUAAUGGCUUUACUCUGCAAAUGAAAUAUUGUUUUAAAGGUUUUUUUUUUCAUCAUUUGUACCUACAGUAAAUCAUAGAAUAUGGUCCGCCUCUAGGAGCAGGAUUGGACACUUAGGACGUCUUGGGUGAUAUAAAUGAAAUAUUGUACAUUAAAGGUGCAGUUCACACAUUUAAUCAA